AUGAGUCCUCACGCUCCGGGAUGCGUUGACAUAAUGACAGAAUAUUCUAGAAAUGGUCUUUUUGCAAGAAUUUAUUAUCCGACAUCUUUAAAAGAUAUAAAUAAAUAUUCGUCUGCUUGGAUAUCGUGGCUCCCGCACAAACAAUACAUAAUUGGAUUUGCAUACGUACUUAACUUAUGGACAUUUUUAAUAAAAUUAUUAAUGAAAUUCGUCGCCGGAGACGUUAAAAUUCCAAUUAUAGAAAACGGUCCCGUCGAAACGGAAAUAAGGAAAUUUAAAACUGUUGUUUUUUCCCACGGUCUCGGAGCCACGAGAUUUUUUUACACCGGAAUUUGUUGCGAAUUAGCAUCGCAUGGCUACGUUGUGAUUGCUUUGGAACACAGAGACGAAAGUUCAAGCAUGACUUACUAUUACAAAUCCGAAGAAAAAUUAAAUAAAGACGAACGGACAUGGAUGAAAUUUAAAAGAGUUAAAGUUGGCACGCCUGAACAUCUCACAGAAAGAAGCCGACAAGUCGAACAACGUUCGAACGAAUGUAAAAGAGCUCUUACAAUUUUGGAAAAUUUAAAUUCCGGAAAUGAUAUUGGAAACAUACUCAAAUCCGAUUUUGAUUUAAAACAAUUCAAGAAUCGAUUGGAUUUCACAAAACCGAUCAUGAUGGGACAUUCUUUUGGCGGAGCAACAACUUUACUCACUUUGGGCACAGAUCCGAGAUUUAAAGUCGGAGUAAUAUUGGAUCCGUGGAUGUUUCCAAUAAAAUCUCAUAAAAAUUUAUCCGAAACCGUCACCCAGCCUCUCGUCAUUAUAAACAGUCAAACUUUUCACAUACCUACAAAUUUAAAAGAACUUGGUAAAUACACGAAUGGGGAUGAUAGGGAAACAUACACGAUAAAACACACGACACACGAAAAUCAAUCGGAUACCGCACACAUUAUCGGGUAUUGGUUAAACAUAUUUAUGAGAAAAAUAAAAAAAGUACUCGCAACGAGAAUAAAUAACGGUUUAAUAUUAAGAUUUUUAAAUAAACACGUCGUUUUUCAUUAUGCCGCAAGAGGUGAUCAAAUAUCCGUUUUGAAAUAUUUUUGGCCAUUUUUAAAAAACAAAACAAUACCGAAAACUUAUUUUUAUUCGACUCCAGCUCACGAUGCAUCAGUUUUUGGAAGUUUAAAAUCAUUACAAUGGCUAAUAAAAUACGACGAAUAUCAACUUUUGGCUAAGGAUAUUGACGGUUGCAACGUCCUUCACCUUUCAGCACGGUAA